CACGAAUGGGAGACCUUUCUCGUAGACGUGCACCCCACCCUCUUUCCCCCCAAAAUAUGGUAACUAAUUGAAUAUUAAUACACGCAAGAAGUGCACUAUUUACAUAUCACCAGUUCGGCUGAGCAAUCUUUUUAAUUUCGACUCCAAUGUUAGCGUCACGGUGUAAUUUGAUACAAACACAUUAUGUCGCGUUCAGCGAACGAAAGUCAGGGAACUUCGAGCGAAGUGCCUUGCGAUAAAAAAAUAUUUGAAACAGUAAAUCAGCCACACUUGAAGCAACGGAUACGGAAAGCAUAUGCAGAACAUGAACGACCUUACAAAUGUGAUAUUUGUCACCGUAGCUAUGCCUUUGAACAUUCAAGAAAUCAGCACGUACGUGUGAAACACAUAGGACCAGCGCCGAAGUUGCACUUGACAGCAGAUGCAGCGCUACGGCCAAAAGUAGAAGUGCCAUUCGUGGUCACCGCCAAGACGUUUGCACCGAUCACUAAACUUACCGGCACGGGAGAUGUGAAACGAGGACUCAAUUAUGUAAUAAAUAUCGCAAACCCUAUGACACAAGUUGGCAACCGGAAGCCGCAAGCAAAUGGAAAUCGUUUGCCACAGAUAAACGGAAAUCACAUACAGCAAGUAAACCGAAGCCAUGUACCGCCAACAAACCUAAGUCAUGUGCCACAAACGAACAGGAAUCACAUGCCACAAGCAAACCGGAAUCACAUGCCACAAGCAAACCGGAAUCACAAACUACAAGCAAAAGCAAAUCACACAGCACAAGCGAUAUGCCAUCGUGAAUCCCAACAAGCGAGUUGUAGCCAUCUGCAACAAGUGAGUGCACAUCAGCUGCAGCAACCACCUGAAAAUCACUUGCAGCAAGCACCUGGCAAUAACUCGCAGCAGGCGAAUAGAAAUUAUCUAGAAAACAACAUGGAAAAACGGCAGAUCCUCGAUAAACGGUGUCGUUUGCAGCAAUCUCGGUCGUUGAAUAUCUCGCAAAAUGAUUUAACUCGGCAAGAACGGACGAUACUGGGCAACCCAAAUGGCCAGCAUGGGGAUGUGCUAGGAGAUCUACAGGCUGUUUUCAGAUCGGUUUCUGAUUUCCCUACUACUGCGAGAUCUGGUAUUUACAGUGUACCGUCGACACAGAUGGCAAAUGCAGACGACAGACAAUCUGUCGAUGACAUGAAUCUGCCUGGGGCAAAUAUGCGAAUUCAGCGCUUGAAUACGUACCGGCGAUUAUCACAGUGGCACCACCACCCAACUGAGGAUCAAGUUGGUCGUGAGAGGUCAAAUGUACAGCGACAAGCGUCGAACGCAUCACAGUGGAACCAUCCAUCUGAGGACCAGUUCGGUCCUGAGAGCGUUAAAAGUAAUCCACAAUUGUCACUGUCCAAUACCUUGCUAAUGCAGCGUAAGAAUAUUGGACAAGUGUCCCGUAAAAUUAGUAGUCUGGAAGGACAAAGCGCCAAGACGCAGCGAAAAACGUACAGCGGAAAUAUACCGAUGUCUUUAGAUGAUUUUGUAAAAACCAACCAGCGAGAUGGUUGUGGAUUGAGCACAGAUGGCAACGGUCGCAUACGGCAUUCCUGGCAGCAAGGCCAGAGUACACCAGAAAGUUUGAGAAAAAUGCAAGCGAGUAUCACGAAACAACAACACCAACAGCUAGGCGAUACAACAGUUCGCAUCAGACGCUUUACCAGCCCCGAGGUGUUUGACUUUGAGACCUUUUUAAACGGCAAAGGUACAUCAAUCACUUCCCCUUUCGGCAGUGGAUCGGAACAAGUUAAGCAGUCAUGCGCACAGCGCAUGACAGUGCGGCAGCCGCAGCCACCGAAAAGGAAAUCUAAAACACAAAUGUCAGCCGAGACGGUUCAUUCACCACGCGCAAGUGGGGAUUUGAACCUUCCAAGGAUUUCAAUGCAAGACUCAGCGGUAUGCACUACAGUCCCAUCACAAUCGCCAUGCACCAUGGGGAGUGAAUUGAAUCAACAUAAUGCUGAUUGUUCACAGUCAGGAUCAAAUCAACCGAGGGGCAAUAGUUCUCAAUACGGUCAACAUGUUAACAACACCGAGGGUACGGGAUUGAACUUCCUGGAGCAGCUGCUGAAAGCAAGUACCGAUACGCGCGAUACAAUUCAGAAGAGUUCGAAAGUCUGGAGGUCAAAUAAUAGCUGUCCAGUGUCUAAUGAGCGCAACAAUACGGAUUCAAAAUUCAGCAAUGAUCUGUGGUUGCAAAAUACGCCGUUCAAUGACAAUGUAACAGUGGUAGACGGUCGUGAAGGGGUACCUACGGAUAUGGAUCAGCAGAAGCUGCAGCAAAGGCAACAGGCCAGGCAACAGCACGAACAAGAACGUCAACGCAGACAGCAAUCACAUAUGGAUCAGGAACUCGCACACAAGCAUCACAAUAACAACAAGAACAAAAAGAUUUUUUAUAAGCAUAACAAUAAGGAUGCAAAUACUACAGAACAAGCAAGCUGUGAUAUAGGAACACAGCCGUUGCAACCGAAUCAGCAGGAGAGUAUCUCUCAACAAGAACAGGCAAUUCAGAAUUGUGCAGGAGAGCAGAGAGUGCCCGCCAAUGUACGCACAUUGCAGACGGAAAAAUCGGUCGAACAUAGCAAAAGUGAUGCCGGAACCAUAGGUGAGGCGGAGGCUCAUGCCAGUAACAAUGAUGUGGAUGAAAGUGCGUCAACGGGUACAGAUUCGGAAGAGGAUGUCAAUAUUUCUGACCCGUGUUUGUCAGGGAAUGUAUCGGCCAAUUCCGGUGCACAGACCGUGCAUAGAAAAAAGAUUAAUUCGAAGGCGAAUAUUGAGGCGAAGAGCAGUGCGGAUGAUGAGGAAGGUUGCAGGACACGCCAGCUGCACAAGAUCGACGAUAAUGACUUCACCCAUGCACAGGGUCAGAAUCAGCCACAAAGUGAUUCAUCUCUAGCCGGGAAUCACGGUAGUAUAGUGGAGAAGCCUGGCGAGAAUGCGAUACAUCCAGCCAACAGGUGCGAAAGGUCGUUACCCUCACCGCUAGAUAUCGACGCUGUGUGUAGUAUACUUCAGUUUCUAGAAGACGGCAGUGAUGGUAAUAAUAAGUCCUGGUUUGGGUCUCAAUAAUGCACUGCUGCAAGGUGAAAUUCAACAAAAUAGCAACCGACUUAGAAAGUACUGAGACAGUAUAGACAAUAAAAGGCAAGGCACCAAUGGAAGGCAUGAG